AUGUCCGACGCACGUUCCGUGAAGAGCUCCAAUAGUGGCUUUCGAAGCCUCAAAGACAAGCUUCGCUCUACCUUUGGUAGACGAUCAGUCGAUGAGACCAAUUCUCCUCGAAGGAAAAGCAGCACCGGCGAGAAUGUGCCACCAGGGCGCAGAAGCUUACAAAGGUCGUCUCUCGAUUCGAGGCAGGGUCCUAAUCAAAACCCAGCCUUCAAGACUCAAGCAGAAAGAAUCAAAGAAGCACGGGAAACUGGUCCGAAGAUCGAUAAGCAGACUGGAGAGCUUCGUGACGACACAUUGAUUCUUCAUAGUCUUGCUCAUGACUCUUUCGAUACCGUUACGGAAAUAUUGAACAAGUACGAAUUGGAUCCGAACCGGAAGCCUGGUGAACCUCAAAUUGCGAGCUUGUCCCCUCAACUAUGGAUUCGGAUCACGGAACAUCUCGGCCUGGUUGACCGUGCCUGCCUUUCCAUUGCAUCCAAGACUUUACUGGAUCGGGUGGGAUCCUCUUACUUGAAUACACUCAGUCAUCCCGAAAACAAAGAAUACAGGCUGUCAUUUUUGCACAGAGUGGAAGAUCAACUGCCGAACCAUCUAUUCUGCUUCGUGUGCAACAAAUAUCAUCUGCGAACCAUCAAGGGCCAGGAGAAACUCAAGCCUGCCAGCGUACUUAACCCGCUCUUCAACUGCCCAAAUGCCACGAACAAUCUCAUGCCUCAGCCAAGACUACGCAUUGCGACAGGCAGGACACUUCCUUUCAACUUCGUUCAGCUUGCUCUGAAGGGAAAGAAGUACGGUCCUGGAUAUGGACUGGACGCAACGACAAUGACACGCCUAUGGAGAGAGCAAGAUGAGCCCAGAUGGAUCCACAGUUCACGCUACUUUGUGUUCAAAGGCCAUCUUCUCAUGCGCGUCCAGAGCACCUGUUAUACCAAGGGUGGUUUGACACCCGCCGCCGAGCGUAUGCUGCUUUACAGCCGUGAAGACUACCAGCCAUACUUUUCCGUCUGCGCUCAUUGGAGAGACGGUCUUUUGAUGAAUAUCUGCAAAUGUGCCUUGACCCAUUUGCCUGUUCCACCUGAGAAGUCUCUCCAUGAAGGCCUGGCCAAGGUCGCUGGAAGACGAGUAUCACAGGGCGCAAUUAUCACGUUGUGCUCGAACUGUCGCCCUAUGCGUCGCUGUCCAGCAUGUCCCACAGAAUACUUGGUGGAGGUCAAGUUGGCAGAAGACAGGUCUGAGAAGGACCCAAUGAAGCUAUUCAAGCAUGCCAUUGUAGUUACAAGAUGGAGUGAUCUUGGUGAUGGCUCUUCUCCAAACAGUCCAGAAUGGGCAGCUGUUACUGGUGCAAUCGACAACUACGACUCCAUCUCCACCAUUGGCACAAGAGCUGUUUCUGGUACUUUUGAGAGUCAGACGGCCGACACUGGGCCUGGGCAGAGGAUCCUGAAUCUCAAUCCCAAGGACGAACAUAAGGGAGAGGAAGGUCACGACUGGUACUGA